AACAUAUUCCUCUUUGUAUCGAUAUAUUCAACAAAUAUAUAAGAUUGAACACUAUAACACUGUGUGAUGUACCAGGACGUUGUGCCGAUCGAAACAUUACUUCGGACUGUCUUUAAUUCCAUCUUCGAAGUCAUUCUGUUAUGUGUUGCGGGUUAUGUACUUGCCCGCGCUGGGGUGACGGAUAAAGCGACCCAGAGAAAGCUGAAUGUCAUCAACGUCUCCCUGUUCACCCCAGCUUUGCUGUUCUCAAAGGUGGCUUACUCUCUUACACCUGCAAAGCUGAAAGAACUAUGGAUCAUCCCUCUUGGUUUUAUCCUCAUCACUGGUCUUUCGGCCUUAGUAGCGUGGUUCCUUGCCAAGGUGUUCAGGCUUUCCAAAUCGCAGACGGCUUUUGCCAUUUGUGCCUCGAUGUUUCAAAAUAGCAAUUCUUUGCCAAUCGCCUUGAUCCAGGCUUUGGUGACUACAGUCCCCGGCCUCAAAUGGGGAUUCGACGACUCCAAAGAUCAAAUGCUGGGUCGAGCCCUCACCUAUCUUGUCCUCUACUCCACCCUCGGUAUGAUGCUACGAUGGUCAUGGGGCGUUAAGCUUCUCUCUAAUGCCGACGAUGAAGUGGACCAGACUCAGCAUAAUCACGGCUUAGUUCAUGACACGGGGCUUGUACAGUCACCUGGACACAUUGAAGAGAAUGGACAUGAGAGCAGGUCGCCUUUCUUUUCUUCUGAGGACAACCAAACUUGGCGGGGACGUGGCGCAUUAAUCGGUGUAACACCGACUAUGAUUCGUGAUGCUUCCUCUUCUCCAACUACUCCCUUCGGAGCUCCUGGGCCGGUACACUCUUUUUCGCCCCGAAGGCAGUCAACUACCGGAACCAGCACGCGAAGUCAUUCGAUCAUGAGUGCUACGAAGAGGUCGAGGACUCUAAGCAGGACUGAGAGUGGUCGAGAGUUUUGGGGACUACCUGAAGCCCCCAGAAAUCACAGGAUCGAGCUGAUCGAGGAAGAUAGCAGUGAUGAGGAGGACGAGGAAUGGGGGAAUUACGCACAACCUGGUCUUCGCCUUCGCCUCGAUCCUCCUUCCACAAAGCUUCAAGCUUGUUGGCGUGGACUGCAAAAGAAAGCAACGUCUGUCGGCAAGAGCUUGAAUGCGUUCAUGACUGUCCCCAUGUAUGCUGCGCUGUUGUCAAUCUUCAUUGCGAUGGUACAGCCUUUGCAGCGGGAAAUGGCCAAAUUUAAACCUCUAGAACAAGCGAUCAAGGGUGCUGGACAAUGUUCAAUUCCCGUCACUUUAGUGGUCCUAGGCGCUUUCUUCUACACCCCUCCUUCUACCCAUCCUCCUUCCUCCGGUCCUCACCUUGGCGAAACUCCAACCCGACCAUCCAACUUCUUCGAGCGCAAGUUUCGUGCCAUCGCUGGCUUGCGUCCCUCCGAUCAGAAGGCUUAUCCCCGAGAAAAUCGAACUGUUUUCGUCGCUGUGAUCAGUCGAAUGAUUCUUGUGCCAAUGCUAAUGAUGCCGCUUUUGGCGUUGAUGGCCAAGUAUGACUUCUUUGAAACUGCUGCAGACCCAGUUUUUGUGCUCUGUACAGUGCUAUUGGUUUCUUCCCCUCCGGCUCUGACGUUGGCACAAAUCACUCAAGCAGCAUCUGGUGAUGCGUUCGAAAGGUUGAUAUCCAAGACAAUCAGUUGGUCGUAUGCUGUUCUCACACCGCCCUUGACUCUCAUCUAUGUUGUUAUCGGCUUGGUUUUCGGGAGAUUGUAAGCAGAGUUUAGAUAAAAUUGAAAAUAAGCAUAAUCAAAGGAGCUGUAUGAAGCGCAAGCUGCAAAUUAUAGGCAUGGAAUGAAACUUGAUAAAGACCGUUCCGAGCAUUUCCAUCAGUGCUCGUGUAGUACUGCAUGUACUAGCAGUCAGCA